ACACAAACACGAUUAUUCUUUCCUCCUCCUAACAAGUCCACCCAACCGAACCAAAGCAGCUCCUCAUCAAUGGCCACCCGAACAAUACACAUCCUUCUAAUCAUCUUACUAACAACCCCUCUCUCACCCUCAUCAUCUCAAUCCACCGAUGACUCCUUCAUCUCCAUGCUCAUCACCCAAUCCGGCCUCGACUUCCUCAAACAAAUCCUCGUCACCAACGCUAUUGCUUCUCUCACUCCCCUUCAACUACCCCAGAUUCAAAAAACACUUAAAAUCCCCUUUCUUGGUCAAAUUCAUGUUGUUUUGUCAAAUAUAACCAUAUAUCAUGUUGAUGUUCCCUUUUCUUAUAUCAACCCUGGUGAUACUGGGAUUGCUAUUGUGGGCUCGGCUACUAGUAAUUUGAGCAUGAAUUGGCACUAUUCUUAUGGCACUUGGCUCGUUCCUAUCGAGAUUUCUGAUAGCGGGCUCGCUUCGGUUCUGGUUGAAGGCAUGGAAAUUGGGGCGACUCUUAGCUUGAAAAUUCAGGAGGGAGUUAUAGACAUCUCUCUCCUUGAAGGUGGCUGCUUUGUUAAAGAAAUCAUUAUUAAACUGGAUGGAGGAGCCUCUUGGUUGUAUCAAGGGAUGGUCGAUGCUUUCCAAGGACAAAUAGCAUCUGCGGUAGAAAAUGCAAUUGCAAACAAUCUAGAAGAAGGAGUUCUAAAGCUUGAAACUUUUUUGGGAGGCCUUCCAAAAGAAAUACCAGUGGACGAUAUAGCCUCAUUGAAUGUAACUCUUGUUAAUGACCCCUUAAUAAGUAAUAAUUCUAUUGGUUUUGAAAUCAAUGGCUUAUUCACAAAAAAUGAAAAGGGCAAAGUAUCAACUGUGUUCCACAAGAACUCACAAUCCCUGGUUUCCUGCAUCGAUUCACCAAAAAUGCUUGGAAUAUCAUUAGACGAGGCUGUGUUCAACUCUGCUUCUGCAUUGUACUACAAUGCAGAGCUAUGGACUGUGGAUACACUACCAGAUCAGGCUAUGCUAAACACAGCAUGGUGGAGAUUUCUUAUCCCCCAACUUUACAGGAAAUACCCAAAUGAUGACAUGAAUCUUAAUAUCUCUCUUUCUGCUCCUCCAGUUGUGCAAAUAUCACCACAUGGUAUUAGUGCUACUGUUUAUGCAGAUCUAAUCGUUGAUGUCAUGGAAGGCAGGGAUAUAGUGCCAGUUCUGUGCAUAUCAUUGGUAAUCCGUGGUUCAGGUUCAGUAAAAGUCGUUAAAAACAAUCUUGCUGGUAGCUUGCAAUUGGAUGAUUUCACAAUGGAACAGAAGUGGAGUCAAAUUGGUAAAUUGCACAUGUACUUAAUUCAGCCCAUAGUGUGGACUCUCAUUGAAACUGUAUGCUUGCCAUAUGCAAACUCACGCCUUGGGAAAGGAUUUCCUCUGCCAAUCAUUCAUGGCUUCACACUUCAGAAUGCAGAAAUAGUUUUUUCAGAUUCUGCAGUAAGUGUUUGCAGUGAUGUCACUUUCACAGACUCCUACAAUCUUAGGUCACUUGGAUACCUGAAUAAGCUGACUCAGAAGCUCUAGUAAGGAAAAUUCAGUGGCCACGGCUAAAUGUUCAUUGAUGUUUCAUAUGUAAUUAUGUCUGUUGUAACCUCUUAGCACGAAGUGUAAAAUCAUCCGAUCAUCUGGUUGGUGUUUGUUUAGAACCUUACCUAGGUGAGUUUACACAAAUUAUACAACUCUUGUUCCUGAAUCUUGCUUCUGUAUAAUGCAGUCAACUGGUUUUGGUUA